GGUAACAAUGCAGUUUGAGCCAUUCGUAUAAAUGUUUGUUGUUCAGAAAAACCGACGGCAUUUUUAUAGUUCCUAGUUUAUUUUCGAACAGUGCGACGAUUAAGUGAAACAAACAUAAGUGUUGAACCGUUUAAAUGAAAUUAAGUUUCUGUACCCGAGUCGUUGUCCGUUCAAAUAAAAACAUUUUGCGUGUGAAAGAGGACUUUUGCAGUUUUGACAAGUGAUUUAUAGUAGUGAUUAUCCGGUCUGCAUACCAUUUCGAUAAAAAGGAUUACAAGUUUCAAACAAGACGAUGUCUUCAGAUACAGCGAAAUCGUUUUCCAGCCUGGAGACUCCGGGCUACGUUGGUUUCGCCAAUCUACCGAACCAAGUCCACAGAAAAUCAGUCAAGAAAGGCUUUGAAUUUACACUAAUGGUCGUCGGCGAAAGUGGUUUGGGAAAGUCAACACUCGUUAAUAGUUUGUUUCUAACCGAUUUAUAUCCAGAACGUUUGAUACCCGGAGCGGUCGAAAAUCAAAAACAAACAGUAAAACUCGAUGCAUCAACGGUGGAGAUAGAAGAGCGUGGUGUUAAAUUACGACUUACCGUGGUCGAUACACCUGGUUAUGGCGACGCAAUCGAUAAUUCGGAUAGUUUUAGUGCCAUAUUGGAGUAUAUUGACGAGCAAUAUGAACGAUUUUUGCGCGACGAGAGUGGUUUGAACCGUCGAAACAUCGUAGACAAUCGAAUCCACUGUUGCUUCUACUUCAUAUCUCCGUUCGGCCAUGGACUCAAACCUCUGGACAUUGAAUUUAUGAAGAAGCUACACUCCAAGGUCAACAUCGUGCCGGUCAUUGCCAAAGCUGAUUGUCUAACGAAAAAGGAGAUCCUACGCUUAAAGUGCCGCAUUUUACAAGAAAUCGAGGAGAAUGGAAUCAAAAUCUAUCCACUGCCCGAUUGUGAUAGCGACGAGGACGAAGAGUACAAAGAGCAGGUGCGUCAGCUAAAAGAAGCCGUCCCAUUUGCGGUAUGCGGUGCAACGACACUGUUGGAGGUAAAAGGACGAAAAGUAAGGGGUCGCCUGUAUCCGUGGGGUGUGGUCGAUAUUGAAAAUCCCGAACACUGCGACUUCAUCAAAUUGCGUACCAUGUUAAUAACGCACAUGCAAGAUCUGCAAGAAGUUACACAGGAGGUGCACUACGAAAACUAUCGUUCCGAACGUUUGGCUAAGGGUGUGAAAAAGACUGUGACCACCAAAGACGAUGAGGCGAUAACGAAUGGUAACGGCGUCGUGGACAAGGAUCGCAUUUUACUGGAGAAGGACGCUGAAUUGCGACGAAUGCAAGAAAUGUUGGCCCAGAUGCAGGCAAAAAUGCAAGCUCAGAAGUAAAGAUUUGUGAUUCUCCUGCUAGUUUGGAAUUGAUUCCUAUAGUUUCUUCGGUUCGACGUCAGUAUUUAAGAUUUUUAUUUUUAAUUAUUUGAGCUCAAUAUUAUGUGACCGUUUAUGAAUCUCAAAAUUAUUUGUUAGUUCUUUCAUACCUCUCUUUCCGCAUUGAGAAGAGGUCGAUAUUUUUUUUGUUGAAAUAAAUUUUUUUACUGGUUGGACUUCGUAUAUACUUCUUUACAAGAUUUUCGGGGCGUCACACAUUUUCCAUGAACAAAAAAAUUGAAUUGGGAAUGUAAACUUAGUGGAGCUGGCUCGCAGGGUCUAUUUUUGGGAACUCUAAUUCUGAUUUUUUUUCGCCCUGCUGGCUAGCACUCAGUGAGUAAUUUAAAUAAAUAAAUAUUCAAAUUAUCUUCAGAAUAUCAGCAUUGUAUUCAUAGCAUAAUAUUAUAGUUCUAUGAUACAUAUGACAUUAGAUUCUAGUACUUAAAGUGGCAUUUAAUUAUAUUUUUAUUUGGCUUUGAGAAUAUAUUUUGAUACAAAG